AUGCGUGCCAUCACGUCUUUUGGGGCCCUGGUGGCUACCAGCCUCGUCCAUCGCGUGACUGCUCAGGCUCCGGCUUACGGAUCACCCGAUGGCGGCUCAGGUGCAGACCCCAAUGGCAACCCUGGCGGCUCUCCCCCCUCAGGUGGCGAUACUGGCGAUACUGUCGGCACCCGCGACGCCUCGUUCAGCGGUCCAACCUGUGUCAUGGAGGCCACUACCACUGUUUUCAUCACCGUGCACCCAACCAGCCCCAUUGGUUCUGACGGCGGAUCGCCUGAUGGUUCUGGAUCGGGCCCGACUGUGCUUGCCACGCGGACUAUUCAGGUUUCUCCCAUCAACUCUGCCCAAGCCACGGAACUUGUCCCCUCUCCUUUCACAACCAUCACCAUCGACAUCUCGGGAGAGGACCCUGGCUCUGGUGGCAACUCCGGGCCUGUAACUGGAUCCCCUUCUGGCUCUCCCGGUCAAGACGGUUCCUCCCCUUCUGGUGCUCACCUCAGUGACUCUCCUGCCAGCUACCACGAUGGCUCCGACGCACCCUGGCCGAACCAAGCCACUGUCACCUCCGGCAUCGCCGGUUCAGAUGCAUCCGCUGGCCCCGUCGCAACCACUGUCAACGUGCCACAUGGCGGUUCCCCGUGGUACACUGUCGUCACCGACAGCAGUGUGCAAUGGGUCACGGGCUCCGACGGUCCCAAGCCCAUCACCAUUCUGUCAGAGCACACGCUCACCAUCGGCGGUGCCCCUACGAAGCUCCCAGGCCAGGGUGAGCCUCUGACAUGUAUCACAACGAUCGGCCCCGAUGGACGCCCGACGAUCCUUGAGUGGCCGGCUGGUGACUCUCAAGGCGCCAAUGGAGGACGGCCAAUUUCUACUGCGGCCGGCGUCACGACUGACAUCAAUGGUAACCCUGUUCCUCAAGGCGCUUCUACUGUCAUCUACCCCUCCUCUCCUGUUGUCACUGGGAUGGACAGCCAACCCUCGCCUCCUGUUGGUGGCCCUGUUAUGUCUACUGCCUGCACCACGUACACGGUUCUCGGCACAGAUGGCACCCCUACUGUUGUCCAUUCUUCCUGGCUUGUACCUCAGAAUGCUCCCCCAACGGCCGCAUCCGGUGCGCUGCCCACGGCGGGCUCGGUACCUGUGCAGACCGGCAACCUUCCCAAUGGGAACGCAGUGACAACGUGCACCAGCUACACAAUCCUCGGCGCGGACGGCAAGCCUACUGUCGUGGAAUCAACCUUGGUGCUCCCUGGCGCCCAGAGCACUCAGGCAGGGGCUCCUGGAACACCUUCAGGAGGCAUACCGAUCCAGGUGACAGUUCCCGGCUCCCCAGGUCCCGUUAUCUCUGGGGGCCCUGGCGGCCUACUUGGCGUCACCACUUGCACCACGUACACUGUGCUUGGAACCGACGGUCGCCCUACCAUUGUGGACACGACGUACGUUGUCCCUGGACCUGUUGCCACGCCUGUUUCCACCGAUGUCGGCGGGGGAGUCCUCACUGGCGCCCCCAAUCAGUCUAAUGGCUCUCCUGGCCUGCCGCAGUCCGGCAACGCAGGUCAACCCGGGAUCACGACAUGCAUCACAUACACUGCCAUCGGCCCUGAUGGCCGCCCCACCAUUGUUGAGUCCACCGUGGUCAUGCCAGCCAGCGAUGCAGUUCCAACGGCGAGCGGCCUAGGCUUCCCAUCUGCCGUCCCUCCACAGCAAUCCGGAUUGCCCCAGGGCAUCUCCGUCACUGCUGGGAAUCUCAUUACAACUGCUGUCACCGUCGACGUCCUGGGACCAAAUGGUGUUGCCACGCCUGUGGUCGAGACAAUUGUGCUGACUCCUUCCACGCCUGGGGUUCCGGCGCUACCCACCGUCACAUCAGUCGGAUUUCCGUCCAUUGCCCCCCAGCAGAUGCCCACAGAUCUUCCCCAAGGCAUACCUCCAUCUACGCCGGGCAAUGCAGUCACGACUUGCAUCACGGUUGACAUUGUUGGUCCCAAUGGAGUUGCCACGCCGGUUGUCCAGACGAUUGUUUUGACACCAACCGCUCCUGACACUGGCAAUCCUACCGCGGGUCCUAUUGCAAACACUGCUGGAUUGUCACUUCCACCCUCGGGCCAAGCCCCAGGAUUGAGUACUGUGCUGUCUGGUGCCCCCCCGCUUGAUGCGUACGGUUCGGAUGUGCCAAACCCGCAGACUGUCUUUCCUCCCUCUGCCGCUGUCUCGGGGCUUGAUGGUUUGCCUACAGGCGUCGUUCCUGGCUCGGGCAACACAAUCUACACAGUCGUCACCCGCUCCAAUGGCAUUCCUGUGUUGUCGCCGAUUACUACAGUUCCGCUUCCUUCAUACGGGGGCUCUCAACAAGACGGUGCGGCUCCGGGAGGCAAUGGUGCCCCUGCUGGUACCCCUACAGGAGCUGGCCAAGUCCCCAACGGGUACGGAUGGGGUCCCUCGCAGGCUGGUGCAGCUUACGGCCCGCUCUCGUUUGGUGCAGCCGCGACGGCCCUGCAGACUGCUACCUGGACCAAUGUCAUUCCGGAGCAGACUACGACGUACACAAUCAAUUUCCCUUUCACAACACUGGUCACCGUCGCCGUGCCUGACGAGCACGCAGUGAGGCGCCAAGUGAGGUCGUCACCAUCGCCCCAGAAUACUGCCUGGGCAAAUUCAACAAGCUCACUGGAAGUGAACACGUCGUUGGCCGCCAGUUUGACUUCUGUGCUGGGCGCUCCCACUGCCUCGUCUUUCCCCGCCUCUUCAACUCCAGUCCCUACAGCGUCCAUCGGACCAGGCCACGGGGAGUCGCGGAUGUGCCCAUCUGGCGGCAAGAUUGGGAACACCACUGUUGAUUUUGACAAUCUCAAGCCUGGCCCGUUGUUCAAUCCUUCAGGUGACAUCUGGUUCUCUGAAGGUUUCCUUGUGGCCCCUCCUUCUACCCCAGCGUCCGAGUCAUUUGCCCCUGCCUCUGGCGGCCAACUCGUCGAGUUUGUGCCUGCCUCCCUUUCCGGCUCUCCUACCUCCCAUGGCGCCGAUGUUGCAGAAAUUGGUGUUGGUCCUAACUCCGCGAACCCCUGCUUCCGGUUUGACUUUCUCGGCGCUGAUCUCGGUUGCGCGGCGCAAGGCAAUGAGAAGUGGUGCGAGUUUGAGGUUUCGGCCUACACCUUCAACGAGGGCUCCUUCAGUGAGCAGUCUAUCGCGUGGUCUGAGACGAAGCGCGUCCCGGCUUGUCCUACCUUCCCCAGCAGCAGCUGUGCUCUAACCCCCGUCGAGUUUGAAGGCUACACCAACAUCACUUCGGUCUUGAUAAGUCUCCACGUGGGCCUGGACUUGCGUGCUUGGUGGGGUGACGACUUCAAGUUUGGAUGGACCGACAAUAGCUGCGAGGCUGCCAGCUGCCGUGGUCGUGCCCUUCCUCACCGCGUCAAGCGUGAGACUGUCGAGUCUGCUAUUCGACAUGGUGUGUGGCACUGGACGGCCGAAGGGCUUCAGCGCCUCGACGACGAGUACAUCUGGGAGUCUGCGGCCUGA